AUGUCGUCAUCGGCAAACGCUGGGGCACUUCGAACGUCUUCAGCGCUGAUGCGUCCCAUCCUCAAUUAUCGUGACAUUUCAGAAAAUGCGGUCUACAAAAUGUCGAAUGCUGUGAACCGCAAAUCUCCAAUUACGCCCGUUGCUAUUCAGUCCGUCGUCCGUGAUUACAAGUCUUUAAAAGACUUAUCCUCAUCGCUCAAUGCUAAGCGAAACACGCGUUCUAUGAUUGGCGAUAAAAUAAAGAAGUUCGGGCAAGAAAAGAACCAGGAGGCUCUAAUUGCCUGCUUAGAGGAGGCAAAGGUGUUGAAGGAGGAAAUAUCGCAGUUAGAGAAGACUGUCUCGGAACUGGAACAGGGCCUCCUCGACACGGCGCUUCUCAUACCCAACGACACACAUCCAAAUUCACCACUAGGACCCGAGUCCUCUGCUGUUAUACUCUCGUCUCACGGCCCCAGUCCUGGACCUGCCUCACCACACCGAGACCAUUACUCGAUAUCUCAGAGUCUUGGUCUCGUUGACUUUGAAAACGCUGGAAUUGUGACUGGCGCGUCUUGGUAUUAUUUGAAGCAUGAAGCAGCCCUCUUGGAGUUGGCGCUAACGAAUUAUGCAAUGUCUGUAGCCAUGAAACAUGGGUUUGCGCCUAUCAUGACCCCAGACGUCGUCAAAGGCGAUGUAGCAGUACGAUGUGGAUUCCAACCUCGGGACCACUCAGAUCCUCUUAAGUCACAGGUUUACCAUGUCGACUCCCAUCUUUCUUCUUCCUCAUCUAAACUCAUACUUUCCGGGACAUCAGAGAUACCACUUGCUGGUCUCUGUGCUAAUCAGUUAUACCUCAAAUCAUCUUUGCCGUUGAAGAUGGUCGGACUCGGACACGCUUUCCGCUCGGAAGCUGGUGCGCGCGGUGCCGACACAAGGGGACUGUAUCGAGUACAUCAAUUCACCAAGGUGGAACUAUUUGCAGUCACUACGGAGACGGACAGUGAGAAGAUGAUGGAGGACAUGAAAAUUGUACAGAUAGCUAUUUUUGAUAGCCUGGGAUUCCCUUUCAGGGUCCUCGAUAUGCCAUCAGAAGAACUUGGCGCCAGCGCAUACAGGAAAUUUGACAUAGAAGCUUGGAUGCCUGGUCGUGGUAAUUGGGGCGAGAUAUCUUCACUGUCAAAUUGCACAGACUAUCAGGCUCGUCGGCUGUCGAUCAAAUAUCAGCGACCUGUCGUGAAUCAGCAGGGUACUUUAACACACGAAAAUGUGUACGUGCAUACCCUUAACGGUACUGCUGCGGCUAUUCCUCGUUUAAUUGUCGCGCUCUUGGAAAAUGGCGCCACAUUUGACGAAAAAGAUUCGCUCAUAGGUCUGAAGCUACCAGAUGUUCUUCGCCCCUUCUGGCUUGGUCAGUCCACGGGACGAAAUAUCAUUCAAUGGGUCUAG